AUGGAUAUUUAUGAUGAGUUAUAUGACGGGAACUAUAAACACACUGGUUGUGAUGGAAAACAUAGAACUAAGAAAGGAGCAAUAAAUUGUGAAUCAUGUGUAAAAAUUGCACAAGUUCGAGAAAAAUGCCGUGCUAGUCGAUCACGAACUCAUAUAAUUCAAGAGGAAAACACUGAACCCAUUCUUGAUAUUACAAAGAAGUCAUUUAAAGAGUAUUUAAAGUUAUGUGUACGCAGGAUCAAAAAGUUUGCAGCUACGGGGUUUGCACGAAUCAAUGCAUUUAGACGAGAUGAUAUAUCAAAUAUAGUUUUUGUAAUGGUAGAUCGAACAAACAGCCGUUCACGUUGUUCAUUUCUACGUAUUGAUUCAAAUGGGAACACACAAAGGAUCCCUAGAGAUUCUUUUCUUGGAACAAAUCUUUUUAAUUCAUUACCUAAUAUUCUUUCACCAGACCAACAUAGCUAUCAACAAAAAAUAUCCCAUAAUCUACCCUAUCAUACGAAUGGCUGUAGAAGACCACAUGCACCACAAAGACUUAGAUUCAAUAUUACUUCGCCUAUAUUAUCUAUUCAAUCUAUAGAUUCUACUCGUGUAAAUGUUUCUAGUAGAGACACUGAAUCAUGCGAUAAUAAUUACAAUGAAAAUGAAUUCAAUAAUUCUUCUUAUGAUGCAUCAGAAACAGCGACUUCUCAAAUUUUUUCUACAAAAGCACAAUUAUCACAAUCAUCAUCUUUAUCAAAUAAUCAAACAGAUAUAAAUACACCUACACCAUGCCCCAUAAAAAAUGUAUCUUCAAACAGUGUUUUAAAAUGUAUGAAUCCAGUAAAAAUUAAAAAUAAUUUUGAAUAUAUUGCUAAUGUUACAGCAAAAUCUAAUACUAGGCUUUCUUCUGUUCAAGAAUUUUGUAACCUUGAUAAAGAAAUGAGAUAUAUGCGUCUUCAACAAGCUAUAUCACAUGAACUUAGAGAUUUGGUUGCAGCUAAUAACAGCUUAGAAAGUUAUAAUGAUCCUGCUCUGAAUAUUACGAAAACUGUAAAUACUUAUCCAAACAUUUCUUAUGAAACCUCUACAUCAAAAUCCAAAAGAUAUGGUAAAAUAUUCUCAUCACCAGAAAAACAUUUUCUUAACCAGACUGAAUUUUUCUUAACACCACAUAAUAUAAAAAUGAAAAAUCGUUCUGCUUUUGUUAUGGAAUCAGUUCACUCUCAAAAUCAUAUUCUAGAUUCUCCUAAAUCCUCUACAACAUUUGAUAAAGAAAGCGAUACUUCACUGCCUUUAAGAACUUCUACUGAUUCUACUGUUGUUUCUUCAACAACUGUCUCUAUAAAAAGACAAAUUUUCUCAAAAAUUGCAAAAGGAAGAAAUGCUCUUAUUCCUCCUAAGCUUCCUGUUUCAAAAAAUAUAAAUAAAAUGCCUUCUUUAACUAAUACAAAAUUAAAUAAAGGAAAUCUAGGAACUGUCAGCAGACUUGUUGAGCUUUUUGAAGGUCUUACUUGGAAUGAAGAAAUAAAACGACCAAAGCCAGUACAAUAA